GCCUGGCCGUGCUCCGUACGCUAGUGGCAGAGCGUCACGUGGUGUGAAAGAGCUGCAUCGCUCUAAGCAAACAGCCAAUACGAGUGACGGCGAGGGCGGAGCCAGGUCCCCUUCUUCCAAUCAGAUAGCGAGGGCAGCGUGAAGGCAACCAAUGAGCAGUUGAACGUGUUAGCGAGGAGGCGGAGCUAAGGAUCCGGAAACAGCCACCGAUGUAAACAGACACAUGGAGGACCCUGGCAGGAAACUCCAGAUAUCCCCUUGGUGAGAAUAUGUAACUUCAGAUUCUGCAAAUGGAUUUGACCGCCGGAUACUCGGAUCAAAAGUUUGAGAAACCUGAUCCUAUACUGCCCACUGUCCCGUAUCGCUCACAUCAAGAUGGCGGCACACCUGGAAUGCAGAUACCUAACGGUACUGUCAUGCAUAGCUCUGAUGAGGAUUCUAUCUCCAGGAAGCGACAGCGAACGUUAAAUGGUCUAAUUUCUUACCCCACCAGAUGUUCAAGUGCCUCUUAUGUUGAGAACCAAAGGUCAAGUGACCACCAUGUUGUGUCUACCAGCAAGGCUAGAGAUCCUAGAAUCAUUACAGGUCACAUUGUGCAGGGGGAACAAUGCUGGACUCCACGAUCUGGGAGCAGAGUGACAGCCCUUUAUGCAGAGCUUGUGCGGGAACUUGAAGCCCAAGUGGCAGAACUGCAUCAGAUCCUGGCUUCUAAAGAUGAUGCAGCUGCUCUGAAAGAGUGGAAAAUACAGGAACUGGAACAGGAGAACCAGGCGUUAAAGCGACAGAUCCUGAAUCUAGAAGAACAGAAUGAUGCCUUGUCCCACAAGUUGCCAGGUAGAGAGGAGGAACGACUCCAUACUCCAGAAAGCCACUCUGUUGCUGUCAAUGAGAGUAGUACUACUUCUUUUCAUAAAACUAUGACUGGAUUCUUGGAAACAAGCACUAGCUCACAGCUUCCUCCACCACAAGUAUUCUCCACUCUUCACCCAUCCACUGAACCGAAAAGCUCCAUGUCAGAAGUGACAGCAUCUCCUGUUCUGCACUCCAAAACAGAAUCUGUAGAUGCAAACCUACCAGCAGAAGCUUCUGGCACCCACCCAGAUGGAAUGCUCAGGGUCACUGGGGUGUCUAGUGGUUUCCAAUACUGGAUGAAAAUGGAUGAAACUGGAGAAAACACCAUUCCCGAGUCUUGUGUUCUUUGGGAGGAGCCCCUGCAGGAGACCUUGCCAGAUGGAACUCCAGCUUGGGCAUCACCCAUAGAGGGAAAUGGGCGUCCUAAGCUAGAAUUGGUUCCAGCUUCUGGAGUGUAUAUAACUUAUCAGCAGCUAGAGGAUCUGUCCCAUAUUCCUCCAGAUAAGCCCAAGCUCAUGACUAGGAGACUCCUUGACUACUUCUUUUCACGGGAGACGCUGGCCAGAUCUUCUGCCACAGGACAGCGCAUUGCUCACAAUAACACCACUAUGGAGAAACCACUACGCCUUCCAGACCCUGUAGUAACUGUAAUUAAAGCAUAUGUUACAAGAACCUGUGGUCGUGGCUGCAACUUUAAUGCAGUGAUUAACAGUAAGUGUGGAACAUCCCGAAGAGCUGUGAAAAAAAUGUCUAUCCGCAUUGACUGGACAGAGGCAGGCGGGGGCAAGCAUUGUCCAAGGACUGCAUCCAUUUCAUCAGCACCGAGGGGACAAUUUCUAAAUGAAAAGGCACUAGUCCCUAGUGUUAAAGGAACAGAGACUUUACUGCCACAGAGUGUUCCACAGAACAGCUGAGCAGCACUUUUUGUGGCCAUAUUUUGGUCAUCUUGGACUACAGAACAGUUCUCACAAGUCAUACCUCCCAAAUUGGAUGCUAUACCUCUUUUCAGUGUAUUUGAAGAGAAAGGACAAAUUGUGAAUGGAUUGGAUAAGGCUUGGGAUCUGUCAGUGUGCAUGACUAAACUCUUGUAAAUAACAAGUGACAAACAGAAUAAAAAAUUUGUCCUUUU